AUGAGGGUUGUGCCGAUGGUGGCUCUCCUGGUGCUGGCCUUCGUGCCCAGGGCCCAGGCCAUGUGGCUGGGAAGGCUGGACCCCAAGCAGCUUCUUGGGCCCUGGUACAUCCUUGCUGUGGCCUCUCGGGAAAAGGGCUUUGCAGAGGGGAAGGCCAUGAGGACCAUCGAAGGGGUCGUGGUGACUCUGACCCCAGAGAACAAGUUGAAGAUGCUGGCCUCUCGGAGUGGGCUGGACGGGUGCAGCCUGACCGCUGUGGAGUUGUGGAAGCAAAGUCCUGGAUGGGUGUUUGAGAAUCCCUCCCUGGGUGUCCUGGAGUACAGAGUGCUGAGUACCAACUUCAAGGACUAUGCCAUUGUCUUCACCCAGCUGGAGUUUGGGGACGAGACCUUCAAUACCGUGGAGCUGUACAGUCGGACUGAGGUGGCCAGCCUAGAGGCCACCAGCCUCUUCUCCAAGUGGAGCAGGAACCUGGGCUACCUGGCCCAGCAGCAGGCCAGGUUGCAGGAGGACCUCACCUGUGCGCACAAGGUCCUGCAGGUAAGCCACGUCCUGGGGGUCAGCCCCAGGCCCCAUGUCCUCAAUAUGGCCGAAGAGGCCGGCCAGUGUGCUGGGCGCUGCGCUGGCUGCUCCCACAGACUCUCUCACCGGAUCGGAAUAAAGUGA